AAUAAUUUAUCAUCUUAUGAUCGGUCACAUAACCGACAUUGAUUUUGAAUUUUCUUUUCUUUUUGGAAGUGUACAUGUAUUUUAAGAGAUUAAAAUCGGUUAUAUUUUUAGAAAUUUUUACGUCAUAUAAAAAGGACAAUUUAACUGUGAAAUAUUUGCAUGCAGUUACUGUGCAAAACUUGCUUAUAACAAAAAAGUUGAGUGUUUAUAUUCACGUAUGGAUGCGUUAAAGGAACAGAAUCAAGAUGCUAAGCUCAUCACGGGUAAUAGAGGGGUAAGACUGAACAACGAGAAUCUCAAGCGACUAACAGAGGAUCAUCUGUAUCAUAUUGCCCUUAGCAACGUUCAACAUGAUCUCGGACAACUGUUCGGCGAUGUCAAGUUCGUAUGUUUUGGGGGUCAAUCAUCUCGUAUGGAAAAAUUCGCCAGUUUUAUUUCAAAAGAGCUUGGUCUAGAAGAUAACGGACCGCCGAAGAAUUACGCAGGAAACACGGAUCGCUAUGCCGUAUACAAGGCCGGGCCUGUACUAUCUGUUAGCCAUGGAAUAGGUAUUCCAUCACUGUCAAUCAUAUUCCAAGAAAUAGUGAAACUCGUUUACUAUGCCGGCUGUCGCGAUGUUACAUUUUUCAGAAUAGGAACAAGUGGUGGUCUAGGUUUAGAGCCCGGUACAGUUGUAGUCAGUGAACGAGUUGUGAACGGUGCAUUAGAACCUUCGUACAAAAUGGUUGUUCUUGGAAAGACUAUAGAUAGACCUGCCGUGGUUGACACGACACUAGUAGAAGAUCUUGCUAAUUGUAGUCUUAAUUCAGAUAACUUCAAAACUGUGAAAGGAACUACUUUAUGUGCGGACGAUUUCUAUGAAGGUCAAGGUCGAGUAGACGGAGCAUUCUGUGAACACGAGGACGGGGAGAAAUUUUCUUGGUUACGAAAACUUAAAGACAAUGGUGUUACAAAUAUGGAAAUGGAAUCUCUGGGCUUUAUUGCUAUGUGUCAUAGAGCAAACAUCAAAGGUGCGGUAUGUUGUGUGACGUUAUUGGAUCGCUUUGAAGGCGAUGGGCUCACAACCAACCGGCAGUUACUAAGUGAAUGGCAGACUUUUCCUCAAAUAAUUGUCUCCAGAUACAUCCAACAAAAGCUGAACGAGAGCAGCUAGAUUUGUUUGAAGUUAAGAAACGUUCCGAAUCUCUAUUAUUGUGUGCCUAAACUGAAUCAGAUGCUCCGUCCAUUCCGGACCAAAAUUAAGAAUUUGAAGAUUUUUAACCUGCUUAGAUGUUGAAAUAACAUUUUUUUUCGAAUAUGGUUUUGUUGGAAUGAUAUACCGAUAAUGGUGUUAACUGUCGUCUAGAAAUUUGGUAAAUUAAUCAUUAUAAAAAUAGCUCCUACACCAAAUGAUGCGAAUUCUAAAACUGAAAUUUCAUUUAUGUAUGUUAAUGAACCAACAUAAAUACUGAUGUUUGGGGAAAAAAACAAAGAUACAGACAAACAAAACACACUUGACUUGUGGAUGAGGAAACUAUCAUAUAAAAACUUUUGCCCAAAUUGUUUAGAUCAUUUUCAGUCAUUUAGUGGCAUUUUUGUUUAAUGAAAAGGCAAGUUAAACGGCUAUAUAUAUUCAUAAUAAUAUCGGACUUAAUACGGAUUGAAAGUAGUUCUACCAUGUAAACAUAAACAGAUGGCGUAGGUUAGACCGAAAUCCGUUCUAUGUAUUCUUACUAUAGUGAUAGAUGAAAAGGGCCGAGAAGUUGCGAAUGAAAGGAAGUUUUUCUAUAACAGGGAACUUAUAAACAGUCGUGCUAUUGAACAGCGUGAGAAAAUAAAACAUCAUUCGGGAGCAAAUCAGCCGAAACAAUUGUCACAUUGCCUUUCAUUUUUUGAGCUAGCACCAUACAAAAUUAAUUUAACAAUUUUAAAUACUUUAAGACUGUACUU